CUAUUGCAGUACCCUGUCAAGACUGAUCAGGAAAAAUGCUCAUGUGUUCAGCUGCAGUUCACAAUUCCGUACAGCAGAUGUCUCUGCUAUCAAAGUCUGUGGAUUGUGUUUAUUGAGUUGGCAUUUGACAAAUAGUAUGCAAUGUUGCUUCUUUGGAAGCCCAUAAAAUAUGUAUUGCUUGAGUUGAUUUCUGUGACCGUUCAUUUGAUUUGCUCCUGUUUAAUUUAUGACCUCAAUGCAUAGUUAGAUAUCAAAUGGUCAACAUGACUGGAAGAUUUUGUGAAUGAAACACUUAGUGACUAAAUAAUGACGUCAUUGGAGUGCUAUAUCACUUAUUAGAGUGCCAGAUCUCAGAGCUGGUUGCGGAUUGGCUGGCCUCUGUAGCUGGAGUCUGUGAUUGGCUGAUGCAUGAUAAUUAAACACCUACACAGUGAGUACACAAACCUAAGUGGUAGAUAUAUAGGGAUGUGCACCUUAGUUGCAUUCAACAGCAUCAAGAGUUGGUCUACAAGUUGAAAGAAAUCAACUUAAUCUAUUUUUUCACAGGAAGACCUAAUACUUACAGGAACCAUGGUUGUGUUGAAGAUCUCUACAUUCCUUGUUGCUUAUGCCUUGGUUGUGUGUCAGAUGUACAGCUCACAUGCAGCUCCAGCCAGAACUGGGCUUGAGUCUAUGACAGAUCGUGUGACACUCAGUGAUUAUGAAGCCCGAAGGCUACUUAAUGCUUUAGUAAAAGAAUUUUUGCAAAUGACAACAGAAGAACUUGAGCAGCAAGUAACCGACAGAAACAGCAUUACAGCACAGAAACGGGCCUGUAAUACAGCCACUUGUGUCACUCACCGACUGGCAGAUUUCCUAAGCAGAUCAGGAGGGAUGGGUAACAGCAACUUUGUACCAACCAACGUAGGAGCCAAGGCAUUUGGCAGGCGAAGGAGAGAUAUCCAGCUGUAGAAUAGAAAUGACCUUCAGGAACAGGAUCAACUUAACUUAACAAGGCAACAUUACAUUUAUUUUGGGUAAACUCAUGUCUCCACUCUCCUCCGUUACAGAAGAAUGGCAUAUAGAAUAGAGGACUGACUUCAUGUCCUCUUGAUGUUAUAAAUAUUUGUUUUGCUUUUGGCAAAGAAAAAAUAGAGCACUUCUGUUAUGUAUAUUACAAGAAAAUCCUGAAUUUAAAUCUAUUCAUUUUUUAUGCAAAUCUAUUUCAAAUAAGAACAUGAUAGCAUUGAUGAUUUAUUUAUCCUUUGGCGUACAGUACAUAUGCGCAAUGUGAUCCAUGCUGCUCAAACUUGUCAUGCCAGCACUCUAGUAUCUCGGGGAUUACAUUAAAAUUCUGCCUAGCAAGGCUGAUCUGUAAAUUGCUGUGUGUUGUGCCUUGAUGUAAAACAUUUCAUAACAUGAUUGUAUAGUAUGUUAAAACAAAAACAAAAAAAAAAAAAUUAAAAAAAACAAACAGAAAAACCCCUCAGUAUUGUAACCAUUGUGAAUUUCAGCAAGAUUAAAAAUGUAUUUUAGAUACAGUUGGACUGGGAUACUUGUCUUAUUCCAUAGAGAUGAUGUAGGUGGAAGUGACUUUUUUUAUGUCUGUGAGCACAAGUCCUUGUUCAUCAUUCCAUUCAGUUCAUCAUUGUUGCUUCAUCUCAUCACACUUCAGAAAAAAAAGCCUGCCAGAACUUAAGAAAAGUCAUCGGUUCCUUAUUACACACUCCAGAGAAAAAUGAAAUACAGCCCCAUUAACCAGAAGGUAGACCUUUGCUCUUGAAUUUUGGCUUGCCAGUUUGAAGGUACUCUUUCCAGAUAAUCAGAUGAUGCCACAACUGGGGUGCUGUCAUUCCAUCUGCCUGGCGUGUUUAUUACAUCACGGAAUGUGAGAUUCAGGGAUAGGGCUAACAUUGGAAUCUACUGCAAAGUUUGUUAAAUGUAAAAACCAUGCUACUUGUGAGAUGAUUCCCUUAAGCUUUAACAUUGCUACUGUAAACUGAAGCUUUGCAAACACUUAAGAGCAUGUGACACUGGCAUGGAGUUUCCUAUUUUCUUUGCUUCUAUUCUGCUAGCCUUUUUGGUAACUGGGUGAGUAUGCUUAUGCCUUAUAGUUUCAUUGCAGGUCAGAAGAGUUUUUUACUUUUGCUUUUGUUUAAAUGUAUAUCCACCAAGCAUGAUAGAUUAACAGAUUGAUUAGCAAUUUAGCUGCAGGAUCCUAGCAGACCAAAGAUUCUGUACCACAGCAUGGGGCGGUGCUAGCACAAGGACUGUAGUUACAAUGGCGUUUUGCCGUUGGUUGAAUGGUACCACAGUGGAAGGGAAGUUAAUUCCAACCUUUAAUUAACUCCUGUUUCUAUUAAUAGAGGGAAAAUGCCUGUUCAUUUUACAAAGCAAGAACCCAAUAAAAGUAAUUCAAGAUCUCUUACUCUCAUAUUAUUUGCAUCUCAUUUAUUUUUU